GCCACGUGUCUUAGAACUUCUCUUUCAAGUCACAUCAGUUUGAGGAAUCAAAUCUAACGUUAAAUACUCAGACCCCUGCUUCUCAUCCUCUGCCAACCAAAACCGUUUUCUCAUUUGCCGCUUUGCAAAUUUCAUCAGAUUCAGAGCCCGUUUGAUUUUCUUGUUCUAAAAUCGCGUCCUUGUUGAAGAAGAAGAAGAAGUUGCAGAUAUGGGUCGUUUCUGGACCUUCCUUACCUAUGUUCAUUCAGCAGCUGGGCCAACAGUGAUGUUGCUCUAUCCUCUAUAUGCUUCUGUAAUGGCAAUAGAAAGCCCUUCAAAACUAGAUGACGAGCAAUGGCUUGCAUAUUGGAUCCUAUAUUCGUUUAUCACAUUGGUUGAGAUACUUCUUCAACCCAUCCUAGAAUGGAUACCAAUUUGGUACAGCGUGAAGCUUGCAAUUGUAGCAUGGUUGGUGCUACCUCAGUUCAGAGGGGCUGCUUUCAUAUAUGAGAAGCUUGUGAGGGAGAGAGUGAUCAAGAAAUACGGGGCAAUUAGCAACCAUGUCCACAAGGACAAGUCUCCAAAUGGCAAAAGCAAUGGCAAAAGCAAAGGCAAAAAGAAGUUUGUGGAUUUCAUUACUCCUAAAAAGAGUGAACAUGAAGCUUAUUGAAGGACAGAAGAAUUUCCUGCCGGCCUUGUUUUCUUUCUUUCUUUUUUUUUUCCCACUGUAACACUUUCGGUUUCUUUAUUAUCUUCUUUUGUCUGUGUUUCAAGAUCUUCUUCUUCCCUGUAUAAAAAACCCUGUCUACAUUGUAACU